AGUAAGUUGUGGUCUACUUUGUUAAAUGCCUAGAAAUAUAUUUGAUACUAUGCUAUAAAAAUGAAAUAGAGACAACUUAUGGUACCGUGUGGCCUGCAAAGGCACAUUUAGCAUGAUGAACAUGAGUUUAGAGAGGUGUUUCUCUAAGUGUACAGCAUGCAAACAAAUGAACAAAGAUGAGUGUUUGCUUCAAAUGGGGAAACUUAGAUUGAGACUAUCCAAGAAGGAUAAUGAUUGCAGGCUAUAUUUAUAGGAAAAAAUGGGCUGAUUGGAUGCCUGCAGUUUGUUCAACGUAGUCCAUGUUUAGCAGAGAAUAUGCAUCUGAUUAAACCAAGAUGUAAUGAAUAUCUUGAAACAAGAACAGAAUCAUUAAAAAAAAUCUUAGGUAUGAAUACAGCAAAAGUCACUACUUCUGAAGUGGAAAGUUUAUUGUGCUUCUGUCUAGAAAUAGAUUGAUGAUUAGGCAUGUAAUUAUUAUUAAUAAGUAAUAAUAGUAGUGGCCAAUACCAUUUGCCUUGAACUUUGUGCAUGUAAGAAUCUGUGAUAUUGUAUGUUUAUGUCCUUGGGUGCCCUGAAUAUAUAAAAACAUAGAACUCAAUGAAGCCAUGUUUAGCUAAGUACUGCCUGAAUACUUUCAAACCUCCUCCUUAUAACAUGCAUUGUUGACAUCAGGAGAGUAAUCUAUUUGGCUGUAGGAGAAAGCUACAGUAUUUCUCUUCUGGCUCCUUUUAUGAAAAAGUGAUAUGGGUGUUUUCUCACUUAAGAGUUUGAGUGAGAACGUAGUUUUCUAUUGCAAAUAGACCUGUCUUGUUUGUCAGGAAUCCACAAUCCUGCAUGAUUCACAGAGGAUGCCUAGUCAAGGGAAAAGGAUUCAAAACCAGCUCAUCCAGUUAGGCAUCCUGGAGGACACAUCUUUAUAUGUUGAUUGGGAGCAGGUGCUAAGUUCUUCCUCCAGUUCUGAGAAAAAAGGUGGAGCUAUUCAAAUCGUCAAGCCACCUUCUUAUGCAUUGUCCACAUUGCUUCCUUGACUCAUUACUGCUUUAGUUCCUUUAGACCAGGGGUGUCAAACUGCUGGCCCACGGGCCGGUUGCAUCAGAGGCUGCACCCAUCCCAGCUCCGGCAAUGUGAAAAAAGUCACGAUAUGUUGCGACACGUCACGUGACGUGUUAUAUAGGGGAUUGUGAAAUUCACAUGGAGCUCUCCAAGCUUAAAGUAGGAGUGAAAGGACUACAGUUACAUGGAACGUUACGAGUAAUUCUGGAGCCCCUUCUGACAGAUAUACCCUUUGUUGGAGCUGUAACUAUGUUUUUUCUACAGAAACCUCACUUGGAAAUCAAUUGGGCGGGGGUAACCAACCUGUUGGAUGCUCCAGGCAUUAGUUUAUUGUCAGACUCGCUAAUUCAAGAUCUCAUUGCUGCCCGGCUGGUGUUGCCAAAUAGACUCACAAUCCCAUUGAAAAAGAACAUGAAUGUGACUCAGUUGCGGUUUCCAAUUCCACGUGGAGUCCUAAGAGUGUAUCUUUUGGAAGCCGAAAAUCUUGUGGAAAAAGACAACUUCCUUGGGGCAAUCAGGGGCAAAUCAGAUCCUUAUGCUCUCCUUCGAGUUGGUCUGGUGCAACUCCGGAGCAAAACAGUACAAAGAGACCUGAAUCCCAUCUGGAAUGAAAUGUUUGAGUUUGUUGUUCAUGAAGUACCCGGUCAAGAUCUAGAAGUUGAUCUUUAUGAUGAAGAUCCAGAUAAAGAUGAUUUUUUGGGCAGCUUGGUUAUAAACCUUGUAGAUGUGAUGAAAGACAGAAUUGUUGACGAGUGGUUUCCGUUGAGCAAGAUUGCAAGUGGACAUGUCCACUUAAAGCUUGAGUGGUUUUCUUUGGUCACCAAUCAAGAGAAACUUAGCGAGGAUAGGAAUGGUCUUGCCACCGGAAUGCUCAUAGUAUAUUUGGACAGUGCUUUAAACCUUCCUAAAAAUCAAUUGGAAUAUUCCAAUGGUGAAUAUGGAGCAAAGAAAUACAGAAAAGACAGAUAUCUCAAGAAGAUAGAAAAAGAACCUUCUUCCUUUGUCCUGCUCACAUUGGGCAACAAAACUCACAAAAGCAAGACUUGUAAUUUCACUAAAGAUCCUGCGUGGAGGCAGGCAUUCACUUUCUUUGUCCAUAGUGCUUCAUCUCAGUCUCUUCAUUUGGAGAUCAAAGAUAAAGAGAAGGAGAAUGCCCUUGGAACUUUGGUGAUUUCUCUUGCUCGCUUAUUAAAGAACCCUGAGAUGACACUUGAACAAAAUUAUCAGUUGGAUCAUUCUGGUGUGGACAGUUCUAUUAAGCUGAAAAUUGUCCUGAGAGCUUUGGACAUAGAGGUCCCUGAUUCAGAAAACACCAGUAAUGGGGCUAAUGCCUUAAAACAAGGUCCUGCCUCAGCCCCGGAACAGAAUGAAGACAAAAACAAGGCACAGCUGCCACCACCUCGUCCUCCUCCUCCUCCUCCUCCACCACCACCACCACCAGUAGAAGUGCCUAAGGCAGUCCAAGGGAACAAAGACUCUGCUGUUCCUGAAUGCAGAAAUGACAAACAGGAGAGCAAUACUAACCCUAAUGGAAGUGAGAAAUUGUCAGAGCCCAUUGUCAUAGAGGCAGUUGCUGGAAUCAAUGAGCAAGGAGUUACAGGUGGCUUGAACCCAAAAUCCUUGACACUUCCAGAGACCACUCGAGUACCCCCAACAUUGCCAGCUCUGCAGAGACUCCAGAUUGCCCCCAGCCUUGCAUCUCUAGGCACAGAAGCCUCUUCAAUCAUGGAUAUAACUUGCAGCAAUCUGAACCUCAAUAAUGGCACCCUUUCUGAUGGAAGGCCUUUGGGAGAGAUUCACAUCACUGUCCGAUAUGCUUCCUUAAGGCAAUCUCUCAUUGUGUUGGUCAACUCAUGCAGAAAUUUAGUGCCAUGCUCUCGGCACGGAGCACAUCCAUAUGUUCGCAUCUACUUGCUCCCAGACAAAAGAUGGAUAACCCGAAGAAGGACUACUGUGAAGAAAAGAACACUGAAUCCUCGGUAUGAUGAGAAAUUUGAAUUUAAUGACACCUUGGAAGACAUUAAGAAACGAACUUUAGAUAUUGCAGUGAAAAACAGAAAGUCACUUAUUUCACACGAAAGGAAAGAACUUGGAAAGGUGCUGAUUGACUUAUCAAAGGAAGAUUUAGUCAAGGGCUUCUCUCAAUGGUAUCACUUGACAAAUGGACAGCCCCAGAGUUGAUUCCUUCACACCUGAUCAACAGCACACUUCAUAUAUAUUUGGAACUUUGAAGGCCACAAUAAGAUUUUGUAAAUGUUUAUACUUCAAUAACACUUAACUUAUUUAAUGCAUUACUAUAUUUCUUAAAAUUCUGACUUUUUCAAGGGAUGAAUUUGGCAUCAUCCUGCAUUUAACUUUUAAUGGUAAAGUUUAUAACAGUAAAUGUGUAUCUAAGGGGUUCCCCAACUGAUUGACCAAAGACAGGAGAAAUUCUGAGGCAGAGUGCUCUGCUUUCCAUAUUCUCAGGCUUUACUGACCAAGCACUGUUUGUUGCUGCUUAAUUUUCCCUCCCAGCUCUGUUCCCCCACACGAAGUGCCACAAGUAAACCAGGGUCCAUAUCAUUUUGAAAGCACAUUGACAGGUAUGCUAGUUUUGCUUACAGAAUGUACUUUUUAAGUCUGUACUGAACCGUCUUUUUCUGGGUAGUGAGGAGACAAAAAAAUCCCUCAUCCCUGCAGCUAGAGUGGGGGACUCUUCCUUCAAACAGCAUUUCCUCACAUUUCAUUGAAUCCUGUUCUAAAGGAUCCUCUGAUUGUUUUUGAAUGAUCCAAGGGAUUAAGGACAGAGGAUGGCUGGCAAAGAGGCAAAUGCACUAGAAUCUAAUCAUUGCCUUCAGUUUUGUACAUAAAACAGACCAUGUUUUGCAUUAUUUAUGCCAAAGAAUCUAAUUCAGAAACUGUUUGUCUACAUUACAUAUGUAAUGCGCUUUUAAAGAAUAAACUAACUUAUAAUAUA